AUGGAAAGACAGGAAAACUCAAAGAAUCGUCGCAUCAUUGUCCUUAGCGAUGGUACUUGGUGCGGCCGGGAAACCGGCACGCACACAAACAUCUAUCAUCUUGCUACACUCAUGGGACUUCCAGCAGAUAAGCAAAAUGCUGAAGACGAAUACACGUGGACGACCCCUACUGCUCAUGCCAGAUACCGCCAUGGAGUUGGUCUCAAUAGCACAUUUCUUGAUUAUCUCUUCAACGGGGUUACUGCGCAAGACCUCGCAAAGGAAUGUAUUUCGGCCUACAAAUUUAUCGUAAACACUUACACUGGAGGAAACGAUAUAUGGUUAUUCGGGCUCAGUCGGGGAGCUUACACGGUUCGCUGCGUCGCUGGGAUGAUCAAUAACUGUGGAAUCGUCCAUCCACGUCGAACUAAUGACCAGACGGAACUGCUCUGCCAAGAGGUGUACCGCAUCUACCGCUCCAGCUAUCCUAUCAACCAUCCGAGCUCUCCACAGUCAAAAAACUUUCGCAGGAGAAAUUCCUGGCCAUUGGUGGGCGACGAGGAGAACAAGGAAUCCCCCCGCCGACCACCCGUCCGAUUUAUGGGCUUGUUUGACACAGUUGGCUCACUGGGUAUCCCGACCUUUACAGGAGGGGUGGGACUAGAGUGGCCCAAGUUUCACGACCAAGAUGUGUCAUCCGUUGUGGACCAGGUAUACCAUUUGGUGUCUCUUCAUGACCGGUUCUACAUCCUUCAGCCUUGCCUCGCUAGUCGCAAGGACGGUUCAAUGUCAGGGAUUGAGGAGGAGUGGAUACCAGGAGUUCAUUACGACCUAGGCGGACAAAGAUUUCGUUUCUUUCGCUCAGGAGCUGGCAGGUUCGAGGGGCUACUGGCAAAGUACGGGUUGGUGUCCAAGACCAUCGAGCCGAAUGAAGUCCUCGCCGAUUUCGCGUUGGUGAAGAUGCUUAAGAGCAUUCGGAACCACGACCAGAGCGGUAUCAUUCCAGAGAAUACAAUGAAUUCUGCGCUCGAGAGUAUGCAAGCGAGAAUCGAGACGGGUCAAAAUACGGGUGACGGAGACGUUGCGAAAAUCGUGAAAUACACCCCAUUUGGACAAUAUCUCUGGGUGCUCUUCACUGCUGCGUUCAGAAUGGCUCCUUCAUUUUGGGAGUUAUUGUUCGCACUUAGGGACCGCUUGAUCCCUGAUAGUCAGGCAAACGUCUAUGAUUUUCAAACAGAAUCACUGAGAGAGCUUGCUAGAAUAACACCGGAGAGGUACCCAUCCAACACACUUCAGUCCUGGCUUCAGUCCUGGCAUUAG